UUAAGAAAAGCGUGGCUGGCUCACGUGAGAGAAAACCUCAUUAACCACAUGUUGAAAAGACAGGAUGGAACGGGGCGAGCCACUGUGGAGAGCAGCGGCAUGUUGAAUAAUCAGUGUCUCCUGCUGCUGAGCCUGCGUGACCCCGUCACACCUACCAAAUCCUUCUCUAAUCCCCCCUCCACCCUAACCCACUGGUCAAUCUCGCAGGUCACCUGUACCGAGCCGAGAUCCUCAGCUUGGGUCCCGCUGUCUCUUACGGAUUUUGACGAGUCCUUCUUUUUAUUUUCUUUUUUCUAUAAUUUUCUGGGAAUUCUUCUGGCUUCCAGUGAAUCCGGAUGUCUUUUUUCCUGAUAUCUCCUCGAUGUGAGCGUUUUGGGAGCAUAGGGUGACGCCAUGCAUCGACUGCUCUGUCUGCAUGUAUUCCUAUGCUGUCUCAGUAUGGCUCUGUCCUUUUGUCCCUCGCAGUGUACCUGUGUCUUUCAUGGACGGGUUGACGGAACAGGAACCAGAUCUGUUCUCUGUAACGACCCGGACAUGUCUGACAUCCCCGUCAACGUCCCUGUGGAUACCAUCAAGCUCCGAGUAGAGAAAACCGCAGUGCGGCGAAUCCCAACCGAAGCUUUUUACUAUCUGGUGGAGCUGCGAUACCUCUGGAUUACCUACAAUUCCAUCACAUCAGUGGAUACGGGAAGUUUUUACAACCUGAAAGUGCUCCACGAGCUGAGGCUGGAUGGGAAUAUGAUUUCCGUUUUCCCUUGGGAGUCCCUCAAGGAGAUGCCAAGGCUGAAGACGCUGGAUCUCCACAACAACAGACUCACCAGUGUUGCUCCUGAAGCCAUCCCCUAUCUAGUCAACAUCACCUAUUUGGAUCUCUCCAGCAACAAACUAACUACCCUGCCCUCUGACCUUAUGGAUAUCUGGCCACCUUUUAAUGGUGUGCCCAUCUCUUCUAAUGCCUCUCAAAAAGUCGUGUUAGGCCUUCAGGACAAUCCUUGGUUCUGUGACUGUAAAAUCUCAAAGCUGAUAGAGAUUUCCAAAAUGGCUGACACCCCAGUGAUCUUGAUGGAUUUAUUUUUGACCUGUGCCACGCCAGACAAUCUAGCCGGUGUCCUUUUUCAGCGUGCUGAACUUGAGAAUUGUGUGAAACCAUCAGUGAUGACCUCUGCUACCAAGAUAACUUCGCCUUUAGGCAGCAAUGUCCUCUUGCGAUGUGAUGCCUCAGGAUCUCCGACUCCAGCUCUUUAUUGGACCAAGUCAGAUGGCUCUCCAGUCAACAACACAGUUCAGGAGUCACCCGGGGAAGGCAUUAACUGGUCCAUCAUGAGCUUGCAUGGAAUCGAGCAUAAAGAUGCUGGGAACUAUAGUUGCAAAGCAAAGAAUGUUGCUGGCGCUGCAAUAGCCACCAUUUCUUUAACGGUGGCUGGUACCACGAGCACUACUGCUCCCCCAGUACGACCCAGCGUCGGAACUGGACCAACCAGCCAAGGCACAGCGAUCACUCCUCCGACUGACAUUUCUAAAUCACCGCUCACCGCACCAACAGCCCUUCCUGGAUCACUAACAACACCUUCUGCUGCCCAAAAGCCACCCAAAUCAAUCUCUGGCAACAGUUCUCAGAGAAGUUCGCUCAAAGAGACCAAAACCCAGCAAGGAGGUAGUGGCAAAAAAUUAGCAGCGGAUGAGAAAAGUAAGAAAACCGACAGCUCAAGAGGUCUCAAAGACCUGGAGGUUGUAGAGCAGACGGCUGACAGUGCAGUGCUGCUCUGGACUGCAGGCGGAUUGUUAAAUGAUGCCCCACUUACUGUUGUGUAUUCACCCUAUGGGGAGGAUGACAGUAAGAGGACGAUGGAGACAAAAGCAGGAAGUGGAAAAGUGCUUCUUGACGGACUGUCUCCUGGAAUGAGGUACUCAGUUUGCCUUGUAGCAAAAGGUAGCACCACUGGAAAAGAUCCUUGCAUUGACUUCUACACAGAGGACAGUGGGCAGAACAUACUUUUCUUUAUCAUAAGCAGUAUCGCCUGCAUUUUGGUUUUGCCUCUAAUUGCUCUGCUCAUCUACAAAAUUCUUGCCCUUUACUGCAAAGGAAGCAACACGUCUUUGGAUACAAAUGAGCUGGAAAAAGAAAGCUAUGUCAAAUUUGAGACAAUCUCAAUGAAACAAAGAACUCUGAACUCGCACCCAACUGAACUCUGGGCAAGAAGACCGACGAAUGAAUCUGAGCGUCUGUUGUUGUGCUCCCGGUCAAGCAUCGACUCUCAGAUGACCUACAAGAGUGACAGCUCUCGCUCGGAGUAUCUCUGCUGAUGUCAACAUACAUUGCCAAUAAUUUAACUCCAUGCUGAUACGUCUGCCUUUCAAUAUUCUGAAGAAAAUGACUAAGAAAUUAAACAUUUAUUUUUUUUAUUAAUGGUGUAUAAAGAAUGAUUGUGAUGUACUGAGAAUUGUUCCUCUUUAACCAUUUAGAAAAGUGUGGAAUGGAUCACAACAACCCCCUUUAUCCUAUUUCUGAGCCUUAUACUUCAUACAGAAAUUAUGCAGACAUCUGGGAUUAUACCUCUAUCAGGUAUUAGUGAUGUUGUCUUCAAUGCCAAAACCAUAAGUUUGGAAUAUAGUGGUGGUCUCAGAGAAGACCCAUAAUAUUCUUCAAUACAUCAUAGUUGCUGUAAGGAUCCAGCUAAUCGUUGCCUUACUAAACACAGAAGUACAGUACUGUUUGUGUGUUUGUUAGAACACAAUAUGUGAAUCAUUUGAUGAAUGUUGCCACAUUAUAUUUUCACUUGUAAAUAAAUGAUUCCUUUGAAUGUGAGAACUA